AUGGAGGACAAACUCGAUGCACAUACCCACGAUGAAGGUGGGGAGAAAUUUACCGAAGUGAACGAAACGAAACUCGUCUCGGGCAAUGAAGCAUUCGCCAAAGCCCUGAUCGAAGAUCCACCAUCGGCCUGGAGUAAGGGGCAAAUACUCAUCUAUUGCUUCUCUUUCGUCGGCUUUCUGUGCAGUACGAUGAACGGCUACGAUGGGAGUUUGAUCAACAAUCUCUUGCAAAACCCCUGGUUUCGCGAGAAAUACGGCGUUGAGAGCAGUGGCAUCUGGGCGGGCAUCGUUUCGGCCAUGUACCAGAUCGGAGGCGUUGUUGCGUUGCCUUUCGUGGGUCCCGUACUCGACGGUUACGGUCGUAGGAUGGGAAUGCUAUCUGGCUCUCUGCUUAUCGUUGUUGGAACCAUCAUCCAAGGUCUCUCCCAUUCUUCUGGCCAGUUCAUGGGAGGUCGCUUCCUUCUUGGAUUCGGCGUGUCACUUGCAGCCUCUGCGGGACCCAUGUACGUGAUUGAGAUGAAUCAUCCUGUUUAUCGAGGUCGCGUUGGAGCCAUGUACAACACUUUAUGGUUCUCGGGAGCCAUCAUCGCCGCCGGAUCCGCUCGAGCUGGACUCAACACAGGAGGAGACUACUCGUGGCGGCUAAUUACCUGGUUGCAAGCCCUUUGCUCCAGCUUGAUCGUCAUCUUCAGUUUUCUUAUUCCCGAGUCCCCACGAUGGCUAUACGUCCACAACAAGAGGGAGGCUGCAGAGGCUGUUCUCACGCGAUAUCAUGGCCAGGGAAAUCGAGAUUCGCCUUGGGUCAAGCUUCAGAUUGCUGAGUACGAGGAGGCGUUGAACCUGGACGGCAGUGAUAAGCGUUGGUGGGACUACCGCGCUCUUUUCUGUGAUAGACCCGCGGUCUACCGUCUUUGUUGCAACCUGGCCAUCUCUAUCUUCAGUCAGUGGGCUGGAAAUGCCGUGCUUUCUUAUUUCCUCGGCGCGGUACUCGAGACGGCCGGUUAUACUGGAACCAUUGAGCAGGCCAACAUCACCUUGCUCAAUUACUGCCAACAGUUCGUCUGGGCUGUCCUCGGUGCCUGUCUUGUUGACAAGAUCGGUCGUCGUCCUCUGCUACUGUUCUCGUUUUCUGCGUGCACAGUUGUAUGGUUGGGCAUGACCAUCGCCUCGUCCGAAUUUGCCAAGUCUUAUGUAGGUCUUGAUGGCGAUGGAAAGGCAAUCUACUCCAACGCUACGGCAUCCAAGGCAUCAUUAGCCAUGGUCUUCAUUUUCGGUGCAGUAUUCUCAUUUGGAAUCACACCUCUCCAGGCUCUUUACCCAGUCGAAGUUCUAUCUUUCGAGAUGCGCGCCAAAGGAAUGGCAUUUUCCAACCUUGCUGUAAACGCUGCUGGUUUGUUGAACCAAUUUGCUUGGCCCGUUGCCAUGCAAAAGAUUGGCUGGAAGACAUAUAUCAUCUUUACUGUCUGGGAUCUCAUCCAAGUUGUUCUGAUUUAUGUUUUCAUCCCCGAGACCAAGGGUCGAACACUAGAGGAACUUGAUGAAAUCUUCGAGGCUAAAAGCCCAGUCAAGAUGUCUACGCAGAAGAAAAGGGUUGCCCUUGACAGUGAAGGCGCCGUGGUCAAGGUUGAGAAGGUCUAG